UCUCGGAACUAGAAGGAAUAAUAUUCAUUUUACUUUUUGUCAUGAGGCGAUUUUGGAAAUUUGUUUUAGAUUAAUGCCUCGUGGAAAUGGGUGGUCACAAUUUUCUUUUCGAUUACCUCACUUGGAAAUAAUUCGAACGGACCGGGGAUGACAAAGACAAUAGGAUACCGGGACUGGAGAUGGCAGGCGCUUUGGUGGCAUCACUUCUUUCUCUUGUGGAGUAUAGUACACGGACAGACUCGUUACAGCAUCCCGGAGGAAUUAAAACAGGGCUCUGUGGUAGGAAAUCUAGCAAAAGAUCUUGGUUUGGGACUGUCUGAGAUUUUUGACCGUAAACUGCGAGUCGCCGCCGAGGCUGGUAAGCAGUAUUUCACUGUGGAUGCGGGCAAGGGCGAGCUGGUGGUGAAUGAGAGAAUAGACAGAGAGGCGUUAUGUGGACAAAGCGCCAGCUGUGUGUUGACUCUGCAAGUUGUUAUUGAUCAACCUUUGCAGUUGUACCGAGUCGAGGUGGAAAUACAGGAUAUUAAUGAUAAUUCCCCCAAAUUUCCUUCGCAAGAUAUUAUAUUAGAAAUAGCAGAGUCGACAGCGGCAGGUGCACGUUUUCCAGUGGAGACCGCUAAAGAUCUUGAUCUCGGAGUGAAUUCAGUGAGGUCCUAUACCAUAAGUAAAGAUGAUUAUUUUAGUUUAAAGAUAAAAGACGUAUCUGGUGGGAGGAAAGUUCCAGAGCUCAUCUUGUCUAAAUCUCUCGACAGGGAGAAAAAGGCGAGACAUCAGCUUAAAUUAACAGCUGUAGACGGAGGAAACCCAGUGCAAUCUGGGACCUGUGUUAUAACCAUUAAUGUGCUUGAUAUCAAUGAUCACUUUCCUGUAUUUGAAAAAAAUAUUUAUAAAGUUUCCAUAACCGAAAAUAGUGUAGAAGGUGCAUCUAUCAUAAAACUAACAGCAAAAGAUAUUGAUGAAGGCCCAAAUGGAGAGGUAGAGUAUUCAUUUGGAACCCACACGCCAGAUACUGUCCUGUCUAUGUUUAAUAUUGAUUCGUUAACUGGAGAAAUACGACUCGCAGGGCAAUUAGAUUUCGAAACAAACGAAAAUUACGAAAUUGACAUUUGUGCAAAAGACAAAGGAGCUCCAAGAAUGGAGGGACAUUGUACAGUGCACAUCGAGGUGGUUGAUGUUAACGAUAAUGCUCCGAAUAUAUUCCUGACCUCCCAACCAAACUCUGUGCCUGAAGACGCACCGAGUGGAACUGUUGUUGCGUUAAUAAGUGCCCGAGACCUUGAUUCAGGUGACAACGGUAAAGUGUCUUUACAGCUCCCGAAGAAUUCUCCGUUCAAUCUGAAACCCUCUUUUUCAGACAAUUACGCACUGGUCACUGGUGCAGCUUUAGACCGAGAGAGUUUCUCAGAGUAUAAGAUUGACAUUAUUGCCACUGAUUCAGGCUCUCCUCCUCUGUCCAGUAAGAAAACUGUAAAUGUCACUAUUACAGAUGUGAAUGACAACCCUCCUGUAUUCUCUCAGCCCUCCUACAAUGUGUAUUUAAAAGAGAAUGGGGUACCAGGAUCUAUACUGUACUCAGUAUCAGCCUCUGACCUUGAUUUUGGUGAAAACGCUAAAAUCUCUUACUCUAUACUGGACUCUAAAGUGCAGGACGUUUCUGUCUCCUCGUAUGUUUACAUCAACUCAGAUAACGGCAGCAUCUACAGCAUGCACUCGUUUGACUAUGAGAAACUGAAGGUGUUUCAGAUUCAGGUUCAGGCAAAGGAUCAGGGCUCUCCGUCUCUCAGCAGCAACACCACCGUCCAUGUUUUUAUCCUCGACCAGAACGACAACGCCCCCUCUGUUAUUUACCCCUCCUCCGCUGUCCUGGGUUCCCUCUCUCACCAGAGGAUGCCCCGCUCCGCUAAAGCGGGUCACCUAGUCACUAAGGUGACGGCCGUGGACGCGGACUCGGGCCAUAACGCCUGGAUCUCCUACAAAGUGGCGGAGGCCACAGACGCCUCCCUGUUCACUGUCAAUCUGUACACAGGGGAGGUGAGGACUAAACGCGCUGUGUCCGAGCAGGACGAAUCCUCUCAGAGGCUGCUUAUAGAGAUCAAGGACGACGGGGACCCGGUCCAGUCCUCCACCGUCACGGUGUCCAUCCAGCUGGAGGACGGUCUCAAUGAGCCCAUCUUAGACCUCCGACAGAAAGUGACCGAGCCCAGCAAGAAAACUGGGAGAAUCAUCCUGUAUUUGAUUCUCUCUCUGGCCUCGGUGUCCGUGCUGUCUGUGGUGACUUUUCUCAUCUUAGCGGUUAAAUGCAUCCGGAGCAGCAGAAGCAGCGGUAGUUGCUGCAUGAGACAGGGGGACUAUGAUGGUUACAAGAACCCCAACAGAAACCUGCAGAUUCAGCUGAACACUGAUGGACCCAUCAAGUACGUGGAGGUCCUGGGAGGAGACAUGUUGUCUCAGAGUCAGUCCUUCAGGUCCUGUAUGUCUCCAAUGUCUCCAAUGUCCGAGUACAGUGACUUCACUAUGAUUAAGCCCAGCAGCACCACUGACUUUAAGGAGGUGAUCAGUGUCCUGGAUGCGUCUUUACCGGACAGCACCUGGACCUUUGAGAGCCAGCAGGUGAGCAGAAAACAAUGGACGUCACACAUUUUCAGUUAUUUUUGGCUAAUAAGACUAUUUUUAACCAUCACGGUUGGUUUAUAUCUAUGA